CGCUUCUGCGCCUCACCGGAAGUGCGCAACAGCCCUCCCACAAAGGCAGCUGGGUAACGGAGUCUGGGUUGGCCCCCCGCGUAGAGCUCGCGGGUCCUCUCGGGGAAAAAGGAGCGUUUCCAAAGGCAAUGCACGCUGGGCAAUGCAGUCCUCAACGGGCCUGUCCCUUUGCGCUUGCGCAGACGGAGGUGCCCCUGUCCGAUCCCGCAGAGGUUUGAGUGACAUUUCUCCGUCAACAAGCCUCCCUCCUCUGGUUGAAGGCCAGCUACGCUGCUUUCUAAAACUUACUAUUAAUAAAGUUGUAUGGAAGAUUGCAAAGCCUCCCACUUGUGUGCUUGUCCGAGUGAGAUGGUGGGGAGAAACAUCCGAUGGAACCCUCUUUUGUCCCAAGGAUGCGUUGCAGACUGAACCAAGCACCGUGAGAACAACCACACGUUACGCUAUUCGCUGUGGUCCAAAGCAGUUUACCUCUUACCUAACAGAUAUGGCUGUGUUGGUGCUGGAAGUAAUCACCAGACUUGAUCAUCUUCCAGUUGGUAGAGUUGAAAUCAGUGGACUAGCUCAGCUUUCUCCAACCCAUCAAAUCAAUGGAUUUUUUACCAUUGUUUCACCAACAUCUAAAAAACUUGGAGAGCUCCAGGUCUCACUUGCCCUGGAGCCUCUGUCAGAAACUUACAACAGCUACAAUCCUUUUCCUACCACUGACAAAACAGAAAAUGUACUUUUUUCUGAACGUGGAUUCAGAGAGGAUGCUGAACCCUGCAAUACCCAGUUUCUGGUUCCGUCACGGCCCCAGAGGAUCCCUACCAUCAAAGCUGAUGGCAAGGAGUUGGCCGCCAGCAGCAGUAGAUCAACCACUCUAAGGGGAAAAGACCACUUGUACUUCACAGAGAAUUCCGAUACAAUGAAGGACUCUUUCUUUGGACUACAGCACCAUCUUAAUUCAGGUCAGAGUUUAGAAUCUGUGACUCUGAAAGGCAGAGCUGCACAGAAACAGAUGUCCCUUCUCAGUAGUUCUGAAAUCCAGCCUCAAAUUACAACUGUUGCCAAGAGUCGUAGUGACUCAUGCAUUCUUUCUUCAAACCACCCGCCUACCAAAGACCUUCUUUCAGCUUUGUUAGAACAAGGCAAUAAACUUCGUAAUGCCAUGGUGAUUUCGGCAAUGAAAUCAAGCCCAGAUACUAGCAUGCUGUUAGACAAAGUUCCUCCUCCUAUGAUGGAAGAGUCUCUUAGAGCAUCAACACAAAUGAGAGCCUUUCCACAGAAUCGACUUAAGGAUCACAAGGAGGAUCAUCUCCCUUCUCCAACUGAGAACACAUUUUGGAAACAUGACACAAAAGCUGAUACCAGUGCUAUACAACUGCUAUUAGGAAGUGCUAAAUUAUCCCAGGGUCAUUUGUGGGAUGGACUAGGCUCUCCUCCGGAUUCCCCAGCUCCUGGGAGUGACGUGUAUUGCAGCAGUGAGCUGAAUGACCCUCAGUAUGACCAGAGUCUCCUGGAGAACUUGUUUUACACAGCACCUAAAUCUGAUAGCAGCAUCAGUGAUUUCCUCAGUGAAGAUGAUGAUAGUGUUCCUUCUAAAAAAAUGAACCAGUCAAAAGCUGUUGCCAGAUCUCCUAAGAUUCUGGAGUCAAGAGAUCAGAAGCUAAAGAAAGCAGCAGGCAAGAAAAAUCGAAAUCUGGUUGAGCAGCAGAUGCUCUCAGGAGCUCCAGAAGAUGCUCAAGCGAUGACGUUAAGUGUUGAUAGACUGGCCCUUCUGGGUAGAACACACUCGGUCAGAAUGAUCAUCGAAGCGAUGCGAGUUCCUCCAGAUAGUCCUCAGGUUACGCCUGGCAGAAAGAAUGAUGCUGGAAGACCACUUAAGCUAACAACAGCAAGGAAGCGCACUUUCUUUGUGGAAUAUCACUUUCCUGUGGGCUUUUCCAAAAGUGGAUCAGGAAAGACAGCUUUGAUCACUGAAGUUGUUCGAUUCGCUUCCAGUAAAAUUGCAGAUGGAAUGGUGAAAUUCCAGCAGCGAUUUGUGUUUCCAGUACGGUUUGGUGGCCCAAUGAUACAGCACUGGUGGAAUUCCAACCUCACUUUCCAAAUUUACACAAAGAAAACUCCACAGAAAAAGCCUGAAGUCAUUGGCUCUGCGUCGCUUCCUUUGCGAGCUGUCAUUCAGUCAGAGCUGCUUUCUUUCAGCGACCAACUUCCAGUGCAGCAUGAAAAUGAUCAGAUUGAUCAGAUUCCGCUUGGCCCCCUCAAGGUAACCGUGGAGCUUGUUACAGAUAAUAAAGAUUUCACUGGUGUCAAUACUAAACUAAGUAGCAAUAUCCAACAUACCCCACAUUGUGAACCUACAAGUCCAGAUAAGAUACUACCAGAAGCUAACCAAGAUAUUACCUCUACCAAAAAUUUAAAGAACCUAAAUCAAAUUUAUGAGGAAACUACAAAGAAGGCACAGAAUUUGGUGCUCCCUAACCCAAAAUCACUGAGCCCUGUAGCACCACAUCCUUCCAACUUGAUGACUCCGCCAGCCUCCCAUAAUUUAGUGAGUCGGACAAAUGGGUCAACACAAGAAGAUGCCUUGCUGUUACAUGUGCUGUUGAUGGUGCCAGAGGGGAAAGAUUUCACUCCUGGAGAAUCUGAAAAACAGGCAUCAUGCAAUGUUUAUUUAAACUGCAAACUCUUCACAGAAGAAGUCACCAGAUCUGUCAUCGCUUGGGGCACCACACAACCAGUCUUUAACUUUUCUCAGGUGAUUCCUGUCUCUCUGUCUUCCAAAUACCUGGAUAGGCUUAAGAACAACGUGAUGGUAAUUGAAACUUGGAACAAGGUGCGGAGCCCAGGACAGGACAAGCUGCUCGGGCUGGUGAAACUCCCCCUCCAUCAGUUUUACAUGUCAUUCAAAGAUCCCAAGAUUUCUCACCUGCUGCUUGAAGCUCAGUAUCCAGUUGUUGCUGUUGACAGCUACAUGCCUGUGAUUGAUGUGUUCUCAGGCCACCAAAAUGGAAGUCUUCGAGUCUUUUUAGCUAUGGGUUCUUCAGACCAGAUAAUGGCAUUACAAAGAUUAAAGAAUGAAGAAGGAACACUCCCUCCCUUCAGCCCUAGGCCAGCCCAUUUCCUGGACCAGCAACCUGUAGCAUCUGUUGCUAUGGCAGAGGACCAAAGAGAUGGGUUGAUGGAGCACCACUUUGAGUUCCAUGUGGAGAUGCUUAAAGGGCUGGUGCCUCUUCAGGCAACAGUCUGGGGAGAAGCAGAUUGUUAUGUCCAGUACUACUUUCCAGUUCAAGACUCACAAGCUAGUGCUCUAAAAGGACCCGAGUUCCUUGAAAAUGGAAUUGCUCUGAAGCCCUUCAGAACUGCAACCACGCUCUGUGUUCCGGAUCCCAUCUUCCACAGCGAGCACCAUCACUCUCUCCUGUUGCCACCUGAAGUCCCAGUGCAAAGGCUCCUACUAGGAGCCUUCUCUGCAAAAGGGGUCGUGCCUGGAGGUGGAGUCCAGUUUGAAAUCUGGUGCAGAUACUAUUAUCCUAAUGUGAGAGACCAGAUGGUCGCCACAGGAACAUUGCCGCUCUCGAGGAUCUGUGCCAUGGUAACCACGCAGCACCGUGAGGAUGUGGGAAUACAGACCUUUAAUCUCCCUCUAACCCCCAGGCUAGAAAACAGGAAGGAACUGAGGAACCAAUCAUCAGGUUUACUGGAUGUGGGCCUAAGGUACAGGCGUAGCCUAAGAACAGCAGAGGGAGUUCUUGCUGCCCGAACUGUCUCCAUCUCAGUCCAGAUCAUCAGAGCCUGUGGUCUGCAAGCAGCAGCCAAGGCUUUGGCUGAACAGGAACCUGCUCUGCAGUUUAGUGCCUCAGUUGGAGUCAAUGCCUCUGUCACCACUCAUCUCUCCUUCCUGCCCAAGGGAGAACAGCGCCGGACCCGCCCUGUGGCCUGCUCCUUCUGCCCUGAGUUCUCCUACCACCUGGAGUUCCCAUGUAACUUGGUAACUCAGCACAGUAGUGGAGAGGCCUGUUUCCUGGCAGAGCUAUUGGAGUUUGCAGAAAUUACUUUUGCUAUCUAUCAUGAAAAUACCAAGUCAGUCAGUGAUAUAACCAGUAUCCAGUCAUGCAAAGAGUAUCUGCUUGGAGUUGUAAAGAUUCCAACAAAAGAGCUGCUGAUCAAGAGAUCUGGGAUCACGGGAUGGUAUCCUGUCAUUUUACCAGAAGUUGGGGGCCUGCCUCACGGCUUGGAACUCAUGCACACGAUCGUGGGUGGUCUGGAGCUUUCAGUUUCCUUUACCCAUCCUGGAGAUAGAGAGCGGGUAUUAGAAGCUGCUGAGCUGCUGGGCUGGAGCUUUGAAGAUAGCCUAAAGGAUCUUGUCAAGAUGGAUGAAGAGGAACCAGCGACUGUCACCAUCUCCACUCCGAGGCUGUGGCUGCCCCUGCAGUGUGUGCUGCUUCCUGGCCACAGGCACAUUCACAAGAGCACGCAUUGCUACCUUCGCUAUAAGCUCUAUGACCUUGAAGCCUUUUGGACUCCCCUCAAGAAGCCAAAGGAAUCUGCUAACAAAAAGCAGGUCAUGGUGACUUUCAAGGCCUCCAAAAGAGCAGAAGUCACCAGGGGCCCCUCACUGCUUUGGUAUUUUAGGGAGGAAAGGCUAGAGAUCCAAGUCUGGCGAGCUUAUGGCAAUGAUAGUGUGGAGAGGCCGCAUCAGACUGACAGCUGGAUUGGUUCGGCCUACGUGGACCUGGCCAGGCUCGGAGAGAGGUCAGCACGGACACUCACUGUCAGUGGUGUGUAUCCUCUGUUUGGACGAAAUGCUUCCAACCUCUCAGGAGCUGCCUUACGAGUUCACGUGGUUCUUUCCUCUCUUUCCCCAAACCCUGAGCCUCCUCGUGAACUGGAUUCCAUGGACUGCAGCAGCCACAGUGAGUCUGAGCAGCUCCCCAGAAGGAAUGAGGAGAUCCAGCUCACUCCACCUUAUGGGCACCCAAAGCUUCCUGUCCCCACCCAGAUCCCCUGCAGCAGCACCACUGCUGAAGUGUGCCUGGCUCAGGAGGGCUCUUCUGAAUUGGAUGGAACUUUUGCAGUCAGCAUCCUGGUGGAAAGAGCAAUGCACUUGAGCUUAAAAGGGAGCCCCUUGACAGAGCGGAAAGUGCCAGUACCCAGCUGUUGUGUAUCCUUUGCAACAGCUGAUGAGCCAUCACCUAUAUACACCCCCGUGGUUGGAAACACAGAUUCCCCUGUCUGGAAUUUUCAACAGCAAUCAAGGCUAUCAAAAGAACUUCUUCUGGACCCAAAGCAAACCCUGGUCUUCAAGGUUUGGCAUAAAGGAGAUGAGGAGAGGGUGAUUGGCUUUGCCUCGGUGGACCUCUCCCCACUUCUCUCUGGCUUCCAGUUUAUCUGUGGCUGGUACAAUAUCACAGACUUCAGUGGAGAGUGCCAGGGCCAGAUAAAAGUUGCUAUCUCACCUUUGGAGAAUUUGAUGCGCUUCAAAGAAGAAAGGCAAGCAAGACGUGGGGUGGAGACCACAGGAUCACUGAUCCCAGUGUACAGUCCCUUUUCCUUCCCUGCCUCUGAUAUGUAUGCGCCACUCCCCAGCUGCAUCGCAAGAUCAACUCCAGACCAGCCUGCUCACAUCUCUUCAAAGGAACUUGAUUUCUCCUCACCUAGGAAAAGCGGGACCACAAGAAGCCAGGCGUCACGCCAUGAAGAGCACGUGCAGAACAUCCGCCGGUUUCAUGAGUUCCUGCAGCAGGGAGAGGCGGCCUUGCCAAAUGAUGACAAAUCAACCACAUCACCUCUGUCCUCCAACACCUCCAUUCUGACUUCUCUCAGGAAGAAUAUGAGUGAGCUAGAUCAAAUCCAGCGGUACUUCAGUCAGAAGCUCACCAAGCCCUUCCUACCCCUCAGCCCUCAGACUCCUACCACCAUCUUGGAGUGCCAGGAGAGCCCCAGGGACAAUGUUGGGCCAGGAGCCAGCCGCCUAGACCCUGAGAGCAAGUGCAUCCUGGAGAAAUCCAACAACCUGGUAUUGCAAGUCAGCUCCUUGAUCACGGAUCUGCAGACUAUCACCAGGAACUCUCAAGCAGUUCUGAGUUCUCACCGAGCCAGGAAUAGAAGCAAAGAGGUCACCACCCUCCCGGAUUUGCAGGACGCAGAGGCCUUACAAGAACAAAGCCCAACUCCAGACGAGCCAUUGGCAAGAGCUCCAGAUGAAGGCACAAAUUCCCCACCUGCCCCUGUUCCUGAAGAGACUUCAAACGGAAGAGGACUGCUCAGUGAGUCCUUGGGGCGUAUGGUACCCAUUACAAGGAUGCAGAGCAGUGAGGACACUGAGACAGGCCCGGCCGACAGCGAUGAGGACUAUGAGGAAGACAUCAUUGAACCCAGGACCCUGAACGAGAUCACCACCGUGACAGAUAGAACUAGCCCUUGGUCCAGUUUCAUGUCAGACAUAAGCGAGAUCAUCAGCCCUCCGCCUGACGAGGUGCCGAGGAGGGGGCCCUCUUGCCCUUCCUCAGAGCCUUUCCCCAGAGAGGAGCUCAAGGGCAGAAGUGGCUUUCUGUCUGGCCCAGAUAGGGCUGCCAACCUUCCAAGGGAAGAUCCCGCCGCUUGUGAGAACGAGACCUCCACGGGCGAGGUUAGAGAGCCUGCCUCAGCCAACCCUCGGCUUCUCCCAUUCCUGAAGCUCUCAGGAGCCAAGCAGAGCAGUACGUUUGUGGGGCAGCGCCCCCCACGGGCAGAUCAGAACAAGGAGCCCAAGCGAGAGGCCCAGGCUGAGGACAAAGCUGCCUCCAGUGAGCUCAGUGACUCUGCUGACAGCUUCGAGAACUUCCCUCUACACCUAGUCUCCCAGAACAAAAGGGAAACCCCCAAGGGGCCACCUGUGCACUCCCCUGACACCAGGCAGAAGCAGGAAGCAACUGGCCCAGAGGUGUCCGCAAGGCAGAGCCACCUCCUCCCAGAGCCCAUUGUGGUGCCCAACUUCUUUCUGCCUCCCCAGCAAUUGGAGGCCUCCCUGCGGAUGCUCACGCUGUCCACAGCUUUGCCACCAGCAGCAACAACUGCUCAGACACAUCCUGGCUAUUUAUCACUCAGCUGAGCUAGCGGAUUGAACAAAUCCCACCUCUCUUCCUAGCACCUGACCUUUUUUGCAAGUGACAAGAAAUUCAACAAAACGAGUACCAGCUUUGCAAGAAAUAUAUUAGUAAUGACUUCUCUAAUUGUUCACCAUGUAAUUAUUGAGUCCCUACCUGUAUCACCUAUUGCACUAGGUGCUAGGAUAUAAUAGUAAAGAGGACAAAUUCCCUGUCUUGGAACACAAACUGUAAACAGAAACCUAGGGUACUUAAGGACUGGUGAGUACUAGCUGAUCUGAUAAAGAAUUGCAUUUCUCCAAGGAGACCGUGUUAAACAAAAAUAGUAAUAAUUCAAAAAAAAAAAAAUAGUGACCACCAUGGUGCUUACUGUACAGACACUGCUCCAAGCACUUUACAUUAACGUACUUAAUUCAGCAACCUGAUGAUGAACAUACUGUUAUUACCCCUAUAUUUUAAGUUGAGAAAACUGAGACACUGAGAUUAAGUAAUUCACCUGGUCAUGCAGGUGGUCAGCAGGGGAGACAGAAUUGAAACCCAAGCAGCCUGGUUUCAGAAUCUGUGUUUCUGGCCCUGCUGCACCAUACUGAGGAGCCAGCUGUGUUAGGAACUUGGAGAAGAGUGCUCCAGGCAGGGCAGCACAUGCACAGGCCCUGAGGCUGAAACGAGCUUGUAGUGGCCCAGAGAGUGACACAAAGCCAGUAACAGGGAACUCAGAGACCAGCAGGAUGAGGCCGAAGGACCCAGAUCACACGGGCUGUGUACACCAUGGAAAAGAGUUUCACUUUUAUUCAAAAUGCAGGAUAAGCAUUGAAGAGGUAAGCAGGGGAGUGAUGCCUGUUAAACUUUAAACAGUUCACCAUGGUUUCUGAAGAGAAUGAGUUCUCUUUUGGAUCCAGCAGCAGGGUGGUCAUUGAUGACUUUGAAACGGCAGUUACGGUGAUGGCGUGGGGAAAGGAACCACAGAGCAGGAGUGCAUUCCUGGCAAUACAAAGCUCCUGCCUCGGAGGGCUUCUAUAACCAAGAUCAUUUCAGGGCCCGAUGCAUGCAAUGAACAGAAUGUUCAGAAUUCUGGUUAAUUGUGAUGGCUCACCCCUGUUCAACCCAUACUUUGCAGUGGGCAUUGUAAGUCUGUGACGUGUAAAUUCAUUUAAGUUUCCCAACAACGCAGUGAGAUGGGUACCAUUGUUAUCCUGUAGUAUAUGGAAACGGAGGCCCAGGGCUUCCCAUGCAGACUGUAAGCUAUUGCUGUUUCUACUUUAUAUAUAAAGAGUCUGAGAUGAUGAAGACAGGCCAGGUGCCAGCCUAGGAUCACCCAACCAGUGAAUCUCAGCUGUGCUCCUCAGUUACACCACCUGACAGUCGUGACACUGGGGUUGGUUCCGUUCCCAGGCCAUUUGCCUUCUUUUAGAUAGGUUUCAUUUAGCAUUUACCACUUUAGCAUUGUAUGUGCCUUACCAGAGGCCACGUGGAGCAAAGAUGGGGUGAGUCCAGUGGCAUCCUAAGAGCCUGCCGCUAGAGCCCUAGAGCGAAGCCACCAGAUGCCCGGUCC